AUGCGCCAGCAGCACGAGCAGAAGCCAGACCCCGAGAGCAGACUUCGAGGUACCGGCACCAAUCUCAAUCUCCCCUUUCCACCCAUCCACGUCCACGUCCACGUCCACGUCCACGUCUUCGUCUACGUCCGCACCCACGAGGCAGCUUCCGCCAACACCGCGGCGACCAUUGCCCUUGCCUGCACUAUUGCCACCACGGAUCCCUCAGACCUCAACGGCGGCCAUUUAUCACCGCGGGCGCUUGAAAAACAACCCGUCAGAGAUGCACGCGAGUUGACCCCCGAUACCCACCUUUACAUCUCGAAACCAUUGCCUCCUCCACCAACAGCAGCACGAGCACCAGCACCUGCCGAAUCGCGCAACUCAUACCGGAGAUCCUUCUUGGAAGCACUGCUGCCGCGCCAAUACCAGAAAAAGGUCCUUCCGCCAGACACCCGCUCAGCCACGUCUCGCGUGCUCAAUCCUAUUAAUUACGUCCCUCGACCGACCCCCGUGAGGGUACAGCCAGAACGACCAAAGCAUAUACCUCAGCUUGACACGGACUUGCGGGGCGUCGGCGAAGUCAAUACCUUGCUCACCUUGCCAGAGCAACGCCGCUCGCGGCAGCACUCGCCUACAGAUCCCAUAGUCGAGCACAGCCCCCAUCUGACUCCCACCGGCGACCGUACCAGCAUCGCACUUCCCUCGAACCUCGAACAACGCGGCACUGCACACCCUCCAGAAUCCUCUGCUUGGGGAGGCACCGCUGGACUGAUGGUUGACCUAGAAAAGCAAGACUCUUCGACUAAUGGCAUCAGACAGCCGGAGAAAACACAGACGAUACCGACCUCGAAAUACAAUGCCGAAAAUAUAGCAACGCAACAAGGCUCCUCUGUGCUAGCACAGAGUUACGGCGUCAACCCUCUCGAUCAACCACUCCAGCCUCCUCGUCGGAUCACUUCCCACAAAUCACUGAAACGCGCUCAAUCUGCAGCGUCGAUACACUCGGCCGGUUUCCUCGGCGGCAGGACGUACACAGACCCUACGCACCCACCCACCACCGGUGCCUCGCAAUCCGACGCAGAACGAGGUCUCUCCCGCCAUGAUGGCACGGAAGACGGUGAAGACGAUGGAGGCGUCGCAGAAGAACUCGCCUGGGGCCCGUCCCACCCGUGCUUCCCUCACGUAAAUCCGCACGUCCCGCUCAGCAGCAGAGAAUACACGGCCACGCGGAUAAUCCGCGUUCGAAGAGACUGGAUGGUCGCAGGUGACCUGGCGCCCACGUUCUCGAACAUCUACCCUGAGAUCCUGGACCCGCUGAUGCAGGAGGCCGAGUUUCGGUAUGUGAUAGAGCAUAUCAAUCAGACAUUAUGUCAAGCGUACGACCCGUUCAGCGCAUGGAAUUGGUUCGAUGGAAUCCUGGGCGUGCUCACCGGCUGGUUCUGGGAGGAUUUCCGACCUUGGGGCCUCAAGGGGGCGCUGACUGGACUGGAAGAGUGGCUGGAAGAUUGGAAUCAUACUGUGGGAGCGCGGGACGGGGUCAAGAUUAUCCCACUCCGACGGACGGGGUAUCUAUGCCUAGAUGUGCAGAUUCCCGAUCCUCAAGUCAGAGUCGUCGGAGAGGACGAAAGCCAGGCGAGGCCGAAUACUGAUGGGGAAGGCACGGCGCCACCUACCGCAAAGCAGCCUUGA